AUGUCUUACCGUGACUUGAGAAGUAAGUGAAAUAUUCCGGCUUCUGAUUCUGUUUUCUAUCAUCUUAAGUUUGUAGUGUUGACAUCAACUAUCUCUUAAGGCAAUGGACCUAAAUCUACACUGAAACCACGUCUUUUCUUUUUGUAGAUUUUACCGAAAUGAUGCGAGCCCUGGGUUAUCCCAGACUCAUAUCGAUGGAGAACUUUCGUUCUCCCAACUUUCCGUUGGUCGCCGAGGUCUUGAUGUGGCUUGUUAGAAGGUAAAUAUCAACUUAUAAACUCAGUUAGUAUUCCUCCGUCACUAAAAGAGCAGUGGCUGGGAGGUAAUGGGUUUGAUUGUGUGUUUAGGACGCAGCCUAUUUUCACGUUCUGAAACUUAUUAAGGUGAUAAGUUGCAUGGAAAAAAAGUCUCUAUAACUUUUGAUCUUAUCAAAAAUUCCCGAUUUGUUUCGUAAGAAAGCACAAGGCAAUUUGAAAGGGAAAUCUGAAACAUCAGACAGGAGCAGGGAGGUACAGAAGGGUAAAUCUCCCUCCUCCGUACUUUUUCAGGCCAUUUCUCUCUCCUCCCUAUUCUUUACCUUCCCCUCUCAGACAGAGCUGUUACUGAGGGCCAGGGGAUGGGGCCUUCCCCUGGCAACUAUGAGCACUACCCCCAUCCACUUUGAGAGAAAUCAAACAGAAAAUAGAAUGAAAAAACGUCCUACCUGUUCAAUUCCUUGCCUUUUAAUUGCAUUUACUUGGCAACUUGAAAUCUUAGUGACCGUGCUGAUCAGAAGGGCCAGGGUGGGGCUUGUGGGGGUGGGGUGGGGUUGCUGAUGGAAACCUGGUACUAAAAAAAAACCUGUUAAAUCCAGGGUGCUUAGCAUAUGAUUUCUAUAAAAAACAAAGAUUUCCCUGUCUCUCAAGAUCAAAAGUAAAAUGCCAGGGGCCACAAAGUGCUACUAGAGCACAGCCAACAGGGUCUGGAAGGGGGGGUCCUGAUCCUGUAUUUUUCGCGAGAAUCCCGCAUACCCCACGUUUUUCAUCAGUUUCCCGAAUACCGCUUUUCUUUCUCAGAAAAAUACAUUAAAAAGUCUAAUUUCUACAAAAGCUAAUAAAAUUAAUGUAAGAUGUAGGUUGAUCCUUUCGAUUUAUAUUUUGAAUUUACGCGUGUUUUUAAAGGUUUCCUGCAUUCCCGACAGACACGCAAACAUAAAUCCCGCAUCCCGUGCCCAAUUUUUGGCGAGUCCCGCUUCCCAGGGAACAGUCAAAUCCCUGAUCCUGUCAAUAUAUUUAUCGUUUUCCCGAUUCCCGCACCGUAUUUUGGUCAAAUUCCGAAAAUACCCUUCCAGACCCUGAGCCGAGUGCUUGGUAUUUUUCUCCCUUAACCACCUUUCAGUAAUUAAAUACUGGUACUUUUAUCAUCCAUGAAGCAGGCUCUUUGGCUUAGUUGUAUUACUUCUAUUUUUAGAUAUGACCCUAAUGUUGAGUUGCCAACAGAUGUUGACACAGAACAAGACAGAGUGCUUUUCAUAAAGUCGCUGGCUCAGUUUAUGGUAUUCAUCAGACAAUUAUUUUUCUUUAGAUUAUUUCAGUUCAACUGUAGCUCUUAGUGACAAAUCGUAGAGAAGGCCACUUGCUCAUUCUGAGCUUAGAGAAGUAACACCUGAAGGAAAGGAAUUAAAUUUAAUUUGAAAAAGUUUUGUUUAUUGUUUCUUUCUUGAUAGUCACUUUUAGUCAUUAAUUGCAACAUUUCAACCCCGUACUUCAGGUCUUCUCCAGGCUUUAGUGACAAUUUACUGAGUGGGACUACUAGUAUCAACUGCUUUUGAUUGGUGUAUCACAAACCACACUAUCUCAUGGUUGGUGGGUUUCAAUCCAAAGCAUUUUUUAGAGUGGACAAAACUGUUCCCUCAGCGUUCUGUUGUAGUACUGAUGUUUUAGCUUUUUUUUGCUCAAUGCAGGCAACCAAAGCACAUAUCAAGCUGAACACUAAGAAGCUUUAUGGUGCUGAUGGGUAUGCUGUCAAGGAAUUGCUAAAAGUAACGUCAGUUCUGUACAGUGCCAUGAAGACAAAUGCAGGAAAUCAGGUAGGUGCUAUAAAUUAUGUACGAACCCUUGUCCUUUGUGAAUUUGCUGAAAAAAGCUGUUGCUGGUUUUAAAACAUGAAAUUACGUUUUUCUUGUUAAUUCAAAGGCAUCUGAAGAAUCCAAUGUGAGCUCCUUGACAUUUGAUAUCUCAUCAAGAGUAAGUAAUCUUAACUUAACAUGUAAAAUUCCAUAACCCAAAAAAUAUAAUUAUUAUAUUUUUUUAUACAGAAUUUUCAUGUCCAUUGGUGAGGCCCUUCUUAGGAGGGUUAUGUAUGUCCCUGGUCUGAAUUUCAAAACCUGUUGUUUCGCGUAUUGAGGAGAAAGCCAUGUGGCUUUCAAUAUUUCACUAUUGUAUUUGCGCUUUUCUCUGUCACUGUCGCAGUUUCAACCCAUCUUGGUGUCAUUUGUCGCCAUUUCUGCUGCCCUGUGUCGCUGUUUCUAGGCAACUGCUUUAAAACUAAAUGUAUAUGAGCACCCUGAUAUACACGAUUUAUUUUCAAGUGGAUAUCUUGUGUUACAUGUGUAUUUGCCUGCUAGCUGUGUAGCCCCCAUUUGUAAUCCUUUAUAGUGACUAGCCAUCAAACAUCUACUUUCUCAGAUAAGUGACUUGAAAGCAUCUCGUCAGCUUGCAUCAGAAAUCACAUCAAGAGGAGCUGCACUCUAUGACUUACUGGGCAGGGAAGUUGAACUAAGGGUAAGUGCAUAUGAUUGCAAAUGGCCAGAAUAAUUACUUUUGCACAUUGUAGUCAAAUGCUUAUUUAGAAUUUGAGUCUCUGCAUCUCUGAAUAAUAUUGUAAAAGUCUGAAAAUAAUCCCCUCCAUGUAUAAGCCCCUCCAAAUAUAAGCCCCCCAAACUCGUAACGCAGAAAACCCUCCGUUAAUUUGCCCCUCCAAAUAUAAGCCCCUCGAGGGCUUGUACUUGGAAAAUGUAAGCCCUGGGGCUUGUUUUUGAAAUUUUACGGUAUUUUUUUUCAUCCACUUCCCAUGUAACCUAGAGUUCCUCAAAUGUCAAUUUCAGUUAGCUAUAUUGUUAAUAUUGUUUUCAUUGUGGUCUCUUAGAGGCUUCGUUAGGAAAGUCUGUUGCCACGUUUUUUUUCAUAUUUUGUAUUUUUCUUCAGGAGCUAAGGACUAGUGCAAUAGCUAAACCACUGGAGUUAAACGAGUUGGAAAAUGGAAUCAAGAAGAGUGUAAUUUCUGUUCAGGUGAUCAAACAGUGCUUAAAAAAAGUGUACAUUAAACUGCUCAUGGCUAUUGUGUGUAUUAAUAUUAAUCCAGCAGCCAUUUUUGCAUUGGGUCUAUAAGCUUGUAAUAUUAUUACAAUAAUAAACCUAAGCUCAGGAAAUGACAAAAGCUUUAAUUUAACUACAUUCACUUUGAAUUAUUUCCAUAAGUUACGUUUAAUUACUUUUGUCCAGGAUGAAAUAAAGAAGACCAAUCAGAUGUUGGACAACAUUGCUUCUGAUGAAGCAAACCUGGAAGCCAAAAUAGACAAGAAAAAACAAGAACUGGAAAGAAACCAGAAGAGACUGCGAAGUCUUGAGACUGUCCGGUAAGAGUUACAGGCAAUAGUCUCUCUCAGUUUACAUUUUUCAUUGGUCCCUUAAUCCUUUCCUCCUUGACCAAGUUAUGGUGGAAUGAUUUUUUAUUGUAACUUUUACAUCCAUGGACAAAAUCUUAUGGUGUUGCCAUUCAAAUGAAACCUCUUUGAUGGUACUUUCACAUGGUGUUAUUUAGUUAGUAUGUUUUUCUAACUUUUGAAUCUGUGGACAAAAUCCUAUGGUGUUACCGUUCAAAUGAAAGAUCUUUGACAGUACUUUCACAUGGUACUAUUUAUUUACAUGUAGUAUGUAGUUCUAACUUUUAAGUCUUUGGGGAAAAUCCUGUGGUGUUACCAUUCAAAUGAAACCUCUUUAGCUCUUUUGCAGAACAUUUGCAUAACUUUUAAGUUUUGCUGAAGUUGACCAUUCAAAGGCCAUUAGUUAAGCAAUUAUUGAUUCUUGUUGCCUUUGUAGGCCUGCUUACAUGGAUGAAUAUGAAAAACUUGAGGAGGAACUCAAGAAAGUGUAUGAGGUACAUUGUAGUGUUGUUUUGUAAGCUUCUGUGUGUUACUUGUUGUUCUAUGAAGCGAGGGAGGAUACGGAGGUCGGAGCCUGGGAAAAUUGGGGGCUGGAGGGGUACUGGAGGCAGGAGUUCUAAAUGGCUGGGUGCCGGGAUAAGUCUGGGGGAAAUUGCACAACAAUCCUCAAUAUUUUGCAAUUGAAUAGAGGUACUGGAACCAAGAAUGCAAGGUAAGGAGGCUGGAGGUUUGGAACCCCUUCCCUCCAUGUUUAAGUAUCCUUGUGUUGACUUUAUUACAGGUAUUUAUGGAAAAACACCGAAAUUUAUCCUACCAAGAACAGUUACUCGAGGACAUCAACAGGGCUGAACAAGACAAAUUUGAGGUACCAGAAAAACUGAUUUUAGAUCUGAUCACAUCUGUUUUGCAUUUUCUUUGUGUGCACACCCUUGCAAGCACAGCCAGUUUCGAUGCGAUUUUGAUGAGAGAUUUCAACUAUCCUUCCUUUUUCGUUCAGGGUUUGAGUGGCCAACAUCAGUUUUCUCAAAAUUUUCACCUAAGAGAAAAUGCUUUGAUCUUUUAUCAAAUUCUCCCAACUAAUUCUUUUAGGAAAUGCAUGGAGAUCAGUCUGGAGAAUUUCUAUGUGGAUAUUGUGGCUUAAAGGGUUAAGGCUAUGUUUUUUGUUUCUCCCUGUCGUGACCUUUCAUUCCAGUUUUAAGCAAUUGGCCAUUUUCAAGUUGCCCAAAGCCUCUGUUUCAAUGUGAGGCUAAAUGCGAAUUUUGCACUUAGCUUCGUUUUGAAAGUGAGAGGUUUUUGAACUCGAAAAGGGACAAUUAUGUCUGUUUUUGUUGUUGAUAUCCGGUAGGAGUCAGAAGCAACUCUAAGAAACAUGCAAGCUGGAGACCAUGGCCGAGGACUCACUGCUGGAGAGGAACUUGGAGGUUUAGAUGAUGAAGGAGAUGAAGAGGAUGAAAUUGUUCUUGAUGCAAGCAACACACGACAGUCCAACAGGCCUCAAGGUAUCUAGGCAUAAAAAAUCUUCCGUUAUAGCCUUCAUACAGACUUCUUCUUUAGUGAAAGGGAAUCUGGAUUCCAGAGUCCGGGAAAUUGUUGCUUGUGAAUCCCACCAACGAUUAAAAUCUGGAAUCCCAGUUCCACUGACAAAGUAUCCGAAGUUCAGUACUUGGAAUCUGGAAUCCACGGCCUGGAAUCCAGAAUCGAGGACUGUUUUGGAUUUCCUUGCGUUGGGUGAGAAAACCUCUUUAAGCUAGCUUCGGGAAAUCAAUAUUUGAUGUAACUGGAAAUUUCAUCGUUGGUGACCAUUUCGUGAAUUCUCAUGUUAGAUUCAUGUUAGAUUGAUAGUUCGUCACGUUGAAAUUCCAAUUUCUCAUUUUGUUUGUCUUCAUGUUACUUACAGCCGCUGAAGCCGGUGGCCGCGUGUUUGGUUCUAUGGGAGGCGGUCUGGACUCUGAUGAGGUCAGUAGUGAUCAUGGGUGCUUACCAUUUGCACCGCCCCGCCCCGGGUGAAAUCUUGUGCAUAAACAUAAAACUAUAAAAAUUUGACGUGGUGGAAGAACGACCCGCUACGAAGUAUGUCCAUUUUAGCUGAACCGAUUUAAAAGAGUAAAAAAAUUGCAUCACCUCAAAUAACAGCCCAUGUUUUUUUGAAGUUUCCCAAACGGAAUGGCGCUAACCAUUUGAAUUUCCAGCCGGAAUUUACGGUUUUUCCGUGUAAAUGAUAAGUACCCCAGUAGAUUUUUUCAAGUAAGCGAGAGUGACGGUGAGAACCAUCAAAGUCGCCAUGGUAAUAACCAAGAAGUGUGAAACGCUGAUACUCACGACUUAUUGAUUUUUUGAAUCUAUUUCUUGUAGGACGAGAGUGGUUCCUUGUCGUCCGGGGAGAGCGAUAUCGGCGUGGAUGACGAUGAUGACGAAGAACUUCUUGACGAUGACGACAUGGAAGAGGGCCGCGGGGAAGGCCGGGAUGACGGGUCCCAAGCUAACAGUCUUAAUGACAGCGAUAAUGAUUUCUGAACGAACUCAAGUCUGUAAAUAGAGUGCUAUUGAAUAAAGCUAUUUGGCAU